AUGUCUAGCGACGAUGGCCGCCGGCAACCAGACGUCAGCGCUCUUUCGGCCUGUGUUGAGUCGAUGUUACGGAGCUCCCCCAGAACCGCCAUCGUCCUAGACGCUUUGGAUGAAUGCACAACCAAAGAUGAGCUACUUUCCUGGGUUGGGCGACUUUCCGGUAGCUCGAACACAAAGAAACCCCAGCUCAUUGUGACUGGGCGGCCGGAAGCAGAGUUUCAGCACGAGAUUCCUCGGCUUUUCGGCAAAGACAACUGCAAGAUGCUCAGCAAGGAGGCUGUGAACGCUGACAUACGUUCCUAUGUCGAUCACGAGCUUCAUCAGCGGUUUGACUUCACGAGGAAGAAAAUACCUGAAGAUGUUGCAGACCAAAUUCGCAGUCGGGUUGGAGAUGGAGCUGAUGGAAUGUUUCGAUGGGCGGCGUGUCAGCUGGACAGCCUUGCCAAAUGUCUCAACGCUUAUGACACCCAGCAAGCUUUAGAUAAUUUACCUGGGGACCUCAACGAGACAUACCGACGUAUGCUCCAUACCAUACCGCCGAACCUUGAACGAGCCGCAUUUCGUCUUCUACAAUUUCUUGUCCAUGCCAAACGACCUUUGACGAUCUCUGAAGCCGUGGAGGUGAUUGCUACCCUGAUAGACAAAGAACCUCCAGAGUUCAACAAGGGAUGCAGGCUUUACUGUGACGAUGAUAUACUGCGUUACUGUCCCAGUUUGAUAUCAAUUGCUGAGGUUACGCGAGGCAAAGCAACUAUAUGGGAAGUCCGGCUUGCCCACUUUUCGGUACAAGAGUACCUGGCGAACCAAAGCGAGUUCGACACUGAAAUGGCCGGCAUUGCAAUCUCGAGGACUUGCUUCACCUAUAUGAAAGGCAUUGAUUGUAGCUUCCGAGCCAUGAGAUCGACCUUCCCUCUGGCACGAUAUGCUGCGGAAAUAGCAAUGGAACAUGCCCGGUUAGCAGAAUCGUCCAAUGAAACUUAUAACGCUACAGCAACCUUUUUCCAAGCAGAGACUACUUUCAAACGAUGGGCUUACCUCUAUCAGCCCGACAUGCCUUGGAGGGAUGAUCCUGGGUUCCCCAAAGCAAGAUGCCUGUAUUAUACUUGUCUCUGUGGACUCUUAAGGGUAUCCAGAUUCCUCCUCAACGAAGGCGCAGACGUCAACGCUCAGGGCGGGAGGUAUAGCAACGCUCUCCAGGCUGCCUCUUCUAAAGGCCAUCAAGAGAUUGUGCAGCUUCUCCUCAACAAAGGCGCAGACGUCAACGCUCAGGGCGGCGAGUUUGGCAACGCUCUCCAGGCUGCCUCUUCUAAAGGCUAUCAAGAGAUUGUGCAGCUUCUCCUCAACAAAGGCGCAGACGUCAACGCUCAGGGCGGGAGGUAUGGCAACGCUCUCUACGCUGCCUCUUCUAAAGGCCAUCAAGAGAUUGUGCAGCUUCUCCUUAACAAAGGCGCAGACGUCAACGCUCAGGGCGGGAGGUAUAGCAACGCUCUCCACGCUGCCUCUUCUGGAGGCCAUCAAGAGAUUGUGCAGCUUCUCCUCAACAAAGGCGCAGACGUCAACGCUCAGGGCAGGAGGUAUGGCAACGCUCUCCAGGCUGCCUCUUCUGAAGGCUAUCAAGAGAUUGUGCAGCUUCUCCUUAACAAAGGCGCAGACGUCAACGCUCAGGGCGGCGAGUUUGGCAACGCUCUCCAGGCUGCCUCUUCUGAAGGCUAUCAAGAGAUUGUGCAGCUUCUCCUCAACAAAGGCGCAGACGUCAACGCUCAGGGCGGCGAGUUUGGCAACGCUCUCCAGGCUGCCUCUUCUAAAGGCUAUCAAGAGAUUGUGCAGCUUCUCCUUAACAAAGGCGCAGACGUCAACGCUCAGGGCAGGAGGUAUGGCAACGCUCUCUACGCUGCCUGUUCUGGAGGCCAUCAAGAGAUUGUGCAGCUUCUCCUUAACAAAGGCGCAGACGUCAACGCUCAGGGCGGCGAGUUUGGCAACGCUCUCCAGGCUGCCUCUUCUGAAGGCUAUCAAGAGAUUGUGCAGCUUCUCCUCAACAAAGGCGCAGACGUCAACGCUCAGGGCGGCGAGUUUGGCAACGCUCUCCAGGCUGCCUCUUCUAAAGGCUAUCAAGAGAUUGUGCAGCUUCUCCUUAACAAAGGCGCAGACGUCAACGCUCAGGGCAGGAGGUAUGGCAACGCUCUCUACGCUGCCUGUUCUGGAGGCCAUCAAGAGAUUGUGCAGCUUCUCCUUAACAAAGGCGCAGACGUCAACGCUCAGGGCGGGAGGUAUAGCAACGCUCUCUACGCUGCCUCUUCUGGAGGCCAUCAAGAGAUUGUGCAGCUUCUCCUCAACAAAGGCGCAGACGUCAACGCUCAGGGCGGCGAGUUUGGCAACGCUCUCCAGGCUGCCUCUUCUGGAGGCUAUCAAGAGAUUGUGCAGCUUCUCCUUAACAAAGGCGCAGACGUCAACGCUCAGGGCGGCUUCUAUGGCAACGCUCUCCAGGCUGCCUCUUCUGGAGGCUAUCAAGAGAUUGUGCAGCUUCUCCUUAACAAAGGCGCAGAGAUCAACACUCAGGGCGGCGAGUUUGGCAACGCUCUCCAGGCUGCCUCUUCUAAAGGCUAUCAAGAGAUUGUGCAGCUUCUCCUCAACAAAGGCGCAGACGUCAACGCUCAGGGCGGCGAGUUUGGCAACGCUCUCCAGGCUGCCUCUUCUAAAGGCUAUCAAGAGAUUGUGCAGCUUCUCCUUAAUAAAGGCGCAGACGUCAACGCUCAGGGCGGCUACUAUGGCAACGCUCUCCAGGCUGCCUCUUUUGAAGGCCAUCAAGAGAUUGUGCAGCUUCUCCUCAACAAAGGCGCAGACGUCAACGCUCAGGGCAGGAGGUAUGGCAACGCUCUCCAGGCUGCCUCUUCUGAAGGCUAUCAAGAGAUUGUGCAGCUUCUCCUUAACAAAGGCGCAGACGUCAACGCUCAGGGCGGGAGGUAUGGCAACGCUCUCCAGGCUGCCUCUUCUGAAGGCUAUCAAGAGAUUGUGCAGCUUCUCCUUAACAAAAGCGCAGACGUCAACGCUCAGGGCGGGAGGUAUGGCAACGCUCUCCAGGCUGCCUCUUCUGGAGGCCAUCAAGAGAUUGUGCAGCUUCUCCUCAACAAAGGCGCAGACGUCAACGCUCAGGGCGGCGAGUUUGGCAACGCUCUCCAGGCUGCCUCUUCUAAAGGCUAUCAAGAGAUUGUGCAGCUUCUCCUCAACAAAGGCGCAGACGUCAACGCUCAGGGCGGCGAGUUUGGCAACGCUCUCCAGGCUGCCUCUUCUAAAGGCUAUCAAGAGAUUGUGCAGCUUCUCCUCAACAAAGGCGCAGACGUCAACGCUCAGGGCGGGAGGUAUGGCAACACUCUCCAGGCUGCCUCUUCUGGAGGCCAUCAAGAGAUUGUGCAGCUUCUCCUUAAUAAAGGCGCAGACGUCAACGCUCAGGGCGGCUUCUAUGGCAACGCUCUCCAGGCUGCCUCUUCUAAAGGCUAUCAAGAGAUUGUGCAGCUUCUCCUCAACAAAGGCGCAGACGUCAACGCUCAGGGCGGCUACUAUGGCAACGCUCUCCAGGCUGCCUCUUUUGAAGGCCAUCAAAAGAUUGUGCAGCUUCUCCUCAACAAAGGCGCAGACGUCAACGCUCAGGGCGGGAGGUAUGGCAACGCUCCCCAGGCUGCCUCUUCUGGAGGCCAUCAAGAGAUUGUGCAGCUUCUCCUUAACAAAGGCGCAGAUAUGAGCAAUCACUGGCAAAACUCAGAUACCAGGGAAUCAAACAUGAGUACGGAAGACAGCAACCAGUCAUGGAAACACUUUUAA